AUGUUCUUUUGGUUUCUUCUUCUUCUUUUUCUCUCGCAAUUCAUCGAAUCCACUCAAUCGUCAGAGAAUUGCAGUAUUGAAUACGAUCGAUACAAACGAAGUUAUGGAUACUCACUGACUUAUCAUUGUACAAAUCUGCCCUUACUUUCCCAUGGAUUAUUACAAACUAAAGAUAUUGCAGACAAGAAAUUGCCAUUGAAAAUCACUUCGAGUCCGAAUCUUCGUAUUCGACAAGAAAUAUGCGGUGAAAAUCAUCAACAAUAUUUACUAGGUUUGUUAAUUGAAUCAUCGCAUAUUCGUUCAGUUGAAUCACGAGCAUUCUCUUGUCGAACGUUACGUGUUCUUUCAAUAAGCGAUACGCAAUUUGCAUCAUCUAUUGUACCAGAUGAUAUUUUUCUUGAUGCUUUUCAAUUACAAACACUUCGUCUGGUCAAUGUCAACCUCCAACGGUUACCAACAUCAUUGGAAAGUUUAUCCAAUCUAACCGAAUUAAUUCUCGAUGAAAUGCAUUCGUUGGUUGCCUAUCCAGCGAUUGAAGAUCUGUAUAGUUUACGUUAUUUUCAUAUUUUUACAAGUUUAAACUAUUUUCCAUUGCAUUAUAUCGAAGAUUUGAAUAGUUUAUCACAUAUUCAAAUCAUUCAUUUCGGGAGUCGAACGAUCGAUAUCUUUCCUCGAGAAUUAUUUCAUUUGAAUGGUUAUCAAUUGACGGAUGUUAGUUUGUAUUCGGAAAAUAUCACGUGUCAAUCAUGUAAAACGGAUUGGUUUAAAACAAUUGUCAAAACAUUGAUGCUCUAUGGUUGGACUAAUCGAACUACAGAACAGUUUACAAAUAAAAACUUUCAUUUAAUUACAAAAACAUCACAAUUCUAUAAAUUGGAUAUUAUUGCUUAUUGUGGUGAUAUGCGAUUAGGUGAAGAACCCUUGAUGGUUCACAAUGCACCGUUAUGCUGCAAUAAAGGUUACUUUCGUUGUGCACCUGAACACUCCGUCUGUCAACGGUUGAGUCACACAUUUUCACGUUGUAAAUGUGUACAUGGUUAUUAUGAAGAUAGUUUUGGCGAUUGUAUUUUAAACUAG